AGCUAAGUUAACGCGACUCAAGUUAAGGUGCUCAAGUACACUGAAUCAUUGCAACUCACUGAACAGAAAACGUCAAUACAAGCAAAGGGAUGACCUAAUUUCAGGGCCGGAUAAGGGUCAGUGUACCAACCAUGAGAACUGCAUGAGCAGGCCCAGGACAGUGCAAUAAUUGCAUCAAGUUUAACCGGGUCCGAUCGAUGUGAGGGUAUUUACCUCUCCGGGCGAAAAUAAUCCGGUGCCGGUGAUGUCAGAGUGGAGCGUAGUACGCUUGCGCGGCCGGUGGUGAGUAGCCGGGCGUCAGUCGGUUGCCGGCCCGCGUGAAUCGGGCGCGCGAGUCAAAAUAUGCCGCCCCGCGGCGGCCGGUGAGGCGGCGGCCCCGCCGACCGCCCCGGGUCGACGGGCCAAGCCAGCUCCUAAGACAAGAGCCUCACCAUGUCUUUGCUCAGCGUCACAGUUAAAAAAGCGCGUUAUGUUGGUAUACAAGCAACACAAUUCAACACGUACGUGACACUCAAACUGCAGAAUGUCAAGUCGACGACGGUGACAGUUAAGGGGCCCACACCGUGCUGGGAGCAAGAUUUCCUGUUUGAAACCAACGACAUCAACCAGGGCUUACUAGUAGAGGUGUGGAACAAAGGCGUCAUCUGGGACCGGGCUCUCGGCUACCACUACCUGCCUCUCACCUCCGUCGCUUACAACGAGGAGUGCGGCGGUCGUUGGGUGGAGCUCGAAGCCCAGUUGAUGAUGCGAGGCGGGGCCGUUGUGGGCACCACGGGGCCCACGGGCCACGCUCUGCUGCUUGACUGCCGGUUUGAACCGCCUUUCGACGCAGAAGGCACGGGGGGCGCCGACUUACAGCGCAAGUUGGACCUUCUCAACGGUGCCCUCGACGCCGAACGCGCCGAACAGGCUCGCCGGCAGAUGCAGUAUAUAGCUCAUUCGGGUUACUCCGAGGAUUCCGACUACACGUCGGACCUCAACUAUCCCGUGGGUCAGCACGCCAACUGCAGCGCCUCGCAGUUCCGUACCGCUGCGCAUCAAAUGCACACGCCACAGAGAUCACUGGAGGUGUCCAGAGAAAAUUCAUCGGAGAGGGAGGAGUAUCAUAUGCACGGAGACACCGACCCGCUUUACUACAAUAGUCAGCCAAGAACAAAUAGGUUAGAAACGUGGUCACAACUUCAUGCUCAAACAAGCGUUGAAUCUGCGAUAUCUUGGCGAACAGCCGCCGAUUGGCAAUCUGCAGAAGACCAAAGGCGGCCAAGCCUCGAGAGGCAGAACACGCUUUACGACGAAAGUAUGGGCUACGGUUAUGACCCGUUUUCCAACAGCACGCACAUUAGGGACCAUUCGCAUUUAUCGCAGCAACCCAGCUACGAAGAGUACUACGACUCAAGUAGCUACCCGUACCAGAUGUCGUACCCGGCGGAGGACUCGAGGCAGUGGGACAGCGGCGGGCGCUAUUUCUACGAUGAGUGCUACGGGCUCACGCCGACUGAAUACGAGAACAUAGUUAAUAAGAGGCGGUCUUCUGUCGUUCAGUUGCCACAAGUGCCGCAUAAACAGCUACCGGCGUCCUCUCGGUUUUCGGACUUCAACGGCAUGGCGCCAUACAGACCGCGGCAGCGGCGGACCGCCGCGAGUCUUCCUGCAACCCCCUCGUCGACGCCGAAGCGCGGGCGCGCGCUGCCGGUGCCGCCGGGCAGCGAGUCGGGCUCCGUGCGCUCCCGCGGAGGCCGCCGGCUGCCGCGCGCGCCCCGGGCGCCCGAGCAACACGUGCCUUACCUACCCGAACCUGUCAAAACGAUACCGGACGUGAGCUAUGGUUAUGACAGCUACGGGUACCAGCCGGAAUACCAGGACGCCGUCACCGAGCAAUAUCAGGAUCAUAAUUAUAACACGAACUACGAUGAAGAUGGAAUGCAGCCUUUCUUUGAUGAAACCCCACACGCUACACCUCCUGCCGCAGCUCAAAAAACUCCGUGGAGUGAAACGGAAACAACGACACAAUUCACAUAUCCAGUUACUAGUGAAGAAGACUCUUUAGUUCCCUUAUCCGUGCCAUCAACUAUAUCAGCGUAUUUACCGCAACCCCCAGUUACUACCCAACACGAUGUUUAUCAAGACCAAAGCUAUAAACAAUACGAUUUACAAUACGACACUCAAUCACAAUACCAGACAUACGAUCAGCAACAACAAUAUCAGGAGCCACAUAGUCAGUACAUGGAUCAAACACAAGACUAUCAGCAGCAAUUUGAACAAGAACAAUAUCAGGAUUCACUAAAACAACAGCAGCAUUUGCAACAGGAACAACAAUAUCAAGAACAGUUUGCGUUGCAGCAGCAAAGGCAACAACAAGAACAGCAAUUGAGGCUGCAACAACAACAGCAACAACAACAAUUGCAGCAGCAGCGACAACAAAAGCAGCCAACGCAGCAAAUCCAAGCGAGCGUUCUUACUGGAGCUGCAACGCUAGGAAACUUUAUGGCUGGCAGUGCUAAAAAACUCGGAAGUCUAUUUGGCUCUGCCGCUGCAGCUAUUGCACCACCUGUAGUGAGUCUUCCGUCUGCAGCCGGUUCAGUUCCUGCGACUACAACCCAUUACAUACAAUCAUCAGUUAUAGCACCAGUGACGCCUUUUACGAGUACAACAACUCUACCCGCAUCCGUCCCCGACGUAUCGCCGCCAGUGCCCACCGCAACCACCUCAGCAUCUAUCACAUUACCUCGAACACCGUCGCUUAGAAGACAAGAGUCUAUACAAAGACCUUCUGUGCAAAGGACACGGACGUUGCCCGAUGCACCAGAAGAAUUACCCCCUUCGAGUUAUGACGAAAGUGCCUACGAAGAUGAGUACCAUAAGACUGAAUACGAUCAAUCUGUUGAACGUGAUAGAACAGGAUCUUUGGAUAGGUAUCACGACGAUGAAUAUGUGCAUGAUACAAUCCCUGAAGAGAUCCUAGAAGAAGGCCAUUUGCCAGAAGAGGGUGCUCAGCAAAGCCCCUCUAUCCAGAAAACUGCUUCGCCGACUAGAUCCGGCUCUGUAAUAAGGAAACCUUCUUUGGACAGCUACCAUAGCCAAACCCCGUCGAUAGUUGAUCGGAGAACUUCUCAAAGCUCUUUUCAUCUUGAGGAGAAACUAACUGUCCCUACCACAAAAGAAGAAACAAUUGCUGACAAAGCAAAAGUCAAAUUUCAAGAAGAACGCCCGACAUUUCACGAAGUGCCUGAAGAACCAGAGCAAUUCGAAAGACGAGAAUCUUAUGCCAACCGCGAAGAAGAAGACAGGGAAUCGUUCCAUGAGGAUGAGCCUUUUAGCGAGGAGCAGGAAAAGUUCGAUGAUCAGGAACAGUUUAACGAAGGAGACGAACAUUAUAAUGAAGAUGAGGUGUUCCAAGAUGACCAAGAAGACGCUCAUGAAGAGGAACAGUUGGAAUUCCAGCCUGAGAAGCCGAAGCUGACGCCGAGGCAACGGUGGCACCGCGCGUACAACAAGAUCGUGAUGCAGCUAAAUAAUGGUUCCGGAGGAUUCAAUGAAGGAAAAGGAAAUGGCCACCCGGGAGAUAACCCCUUCUACAGUAACAUUGACAGUAUGCCUGACUUUCAACCACCACGUAAAUACAUCCCGCUCGUCUCUGAACUUACUAUGGCUGCCACAAAAAGGAAUGCAGGUUUGACAUCAGCUGUGCACCGGGCCACGUUGAACGAUGAAGAAUUGAAAAUGCACGUUUACAAGAAAACAUUGCAAGCGCUCAUAUAUCCCAUCUCAUCAACAACGCCCCACAACUUUCUGCUAUGGACCGCCACUUCCCCCACGUACUGCUAUGAAUGCGAAGGCCUUCUGUGGGGUAUUGCGAGGCAGGGCGUCCGUUGUACCGAGUGCGGUGUCAAGUGUCACGAGAAAUGCAAGGAUUUGCUCAAUGCCGAUUGCCUGCAGAUGUGUUUCGCAGGGGCUGCCGAGAAAUCUUCGAAGCACGGGGCAGAGGACAAGGCUAACUCCAUCAUAACCGCCAUGAAAGAACGAAUGAAGCAACGCGAGAGAGAUAAGCCGGAGAUAUUCGAGCUAAUCAGACAGGUGUUCAGCAUGGAGCCCGAGCCGCACGCCGCACACAUGAGCACCGUCAAGCAAUCUGUCCUCGAUGGCACGUCAAAAUGGAGCGCCAAGAUAGCUAUCACAGUUAUCUGUGCUCAAGGGUUAAUCGCCAAAGAUAAGAGUGGGACCUCGGACCCCUACGUCACUGUCCAAGUCAGCAAAGUCAAGAAGCGGACCAGAACCAUGCCUCAAGAAUUGAACCCCGUCUGGAACGAAAAAUUUUACUUUGAGUGUCAUAAUUCAUCGGACCGCAUCAAAGUACGCGUGUGGGAUGAGGACAACGACCUGAAAUCUAAGCUUCGACAAAAGUUGACGAGGGAGUCUGACGAUUUCCUGGGACAGACGAUCAUUGAAGUUCGAACGUUGUCCGGUGAGAUGGACGUGUGGUACAACUUGGAGAAGCGGACGGACAAGUCGGCGGUGUCCGGCGCAAUCCGGCUACACAUCAAUGUCGAGAUCAAGGGUGAAGAGAAGGUGGCGCCAUAUCAUGUCCAGUAUACGUGUCUCCACGAGAACCUGUUCCACUACCUCUGCGAAGAGACGGGCACGGUGACGUUACCCACGGCGAGAGGGGACGACGCGUGGAAGAUCUACUUCAACGAAAACCCGGAGGAGAUCGUCGAUGAGUUUGCUAUGAGAUACGGCAUCGAAGCUAUCUACCAAGCUAUGACGCACUUUCACUGUCUGUCGACCAAAUACUUGUGCGCGGGUGUGCCGGCGGUAAUGUCUACGCUUCUGGCGAAUAUCAAUGCGUACUACGCUCAUACCACUGCUUCUUCUGCCGUGUCGGCUUCGGACCGAUUUGCCGCAUCCAAUUUCGGGAAAGAGAAGUUUGUCAAGCUACUGGACCAGCUGCACAAUUCGCUCAGGAUAGACCUGUCGAUGUAUCGCAACAACUUUCCGGCCUCCACGGCUGAGAAGCUCAUGGACCUCAAGUCUACCGUCGAUCUGCUCACUAGUAUUACGUUCUUUAGGAUGAAGGUCCAAGAGCUAAGCAGCCCGCCGAGAGCAAGCACUGUUGUCAAAGACUGUGUAAAAGCCUGCUUGAGAUCGACGUAUCAAUUCCUCUUCGAGAAUUGUAACGAUCUCUAUAAUAGAGAAUACCAGCCACUUGUCAAUUCAAAGGUGGAUCCGAACGAAGCGAAGCGCGACGGAGACCACGGGCCGCAGUUGGACUCAGUGGACUUUUGGCAUAAGCUGAUAGCACUGAUUGUGUCGGUCAUAGACGAGGACAGGAACAGUUACGCGCCUGUAUUGAAUCAGUUUCCGCAGGAGUUGAAUAUUGGACAGCUGUCGGCAGCGACAAUGUGGUCGCUAUUUGCAGUGGAUAUGAAAUACGCGCUCGAAGAACACGAACAGCAUAGGCUCUGCAAGUCUUCCGCUUAUAUGAAUCUACACUUCAAGGUAAAAUGGCUGCACACGCAAUACGUGAAAGACGUGCCGCCGUACUGCGGCGCGGUGCCCGAGUAUCCCGCCUGGUUUGAGCCCUUCGUGAUGCAGUGGCUUAAUGAAAACGAUGACGUCUCGCUCGAGUACCUUAAUGGUGCUUUCAACAGGGAUAAAAAGGAUGGGUUUCAAAAAUCAAGCGAGCACGCGCUCUUCAGUAACUCCGUGGUGGACGUGUUCACCCAACUCACGCAGUGCUUCGACGUUGUGUCCAAACUGGAAUGUCCUGACCCGGAGAUAUGGAAGCGGUACAUGAAGAGGUUUGCGAAGACCAUCGCCAAAGUGUUGGAAGCUUACGCUGACAUCGUGAAGAAAGAGUUUCCUGAGCAUUUGAAAGAAGAGCGGGUGGCUUGUAUACUGAUGAACAACAUCCAACAACUACGUGUGCAACUUGAAAAGAUGUUCGAGGCUAUGGGCGGCACCAAACUUGAGACUGAUGCGGCGGACAUUCUGAACGACCUGCAACAAAGCUUAAACAGCACGCUUGACGAGCUCGCUUCCAUGUUCGCUAACAGCUUGGAGACCAGGAUAACAGCCAGUGUGAAGGAGCUGGGCGAUCUGCUGCAAAAGGUUGGCGGCGGCAACGCGCCGGGGCAACCUCAACCGCCCGUACAUCACGAGGCUGAUGAAGUGCUAAGGCCGCUCAUGGAUAUAUUGGAUGGUUCUCUGACUAUGUAUGCGGAGUCCUGUGAAAAGACUGUUCUUAAACGACUGCUCAAGGAAUUGUGGAAGAUAGUAAUGAAAAUCCUCGAAAAAACCGUAGUGCUUCCGCCUAUGACUGAUAAGACGAUGAUGCUGAAGAACUUAACCAACAACGCGAAGAACCUCGCAGCGAACGCCAAGAUCGAAGAUAUGACGCAACUCUUCAAGAGCACUGUUGGCAAGCAAGACGUCAAGCACGCGCUGUCUGGAGUUAUGGAUAUAUCUAAAGAGCAUUUGUCAGCCGAGAAGAGUCUGACUCCAAAGCAGUGCGCGGUGCUAGACGCCGCUCUGGACACCAUAAAGCAAUACUUCCACGCCGGCGGGAACGGGUUGAAGAAGACGUUCUUGGAAAAGAGCCCAGAGCUUCAGUCGCUGCGAUACGCCCUAAGUCUGUACACGCAGACGACGGACACAUUGAUCAGAACGUUUGUCACAAGUCAGCAAAAUCAAGAUGCAGCAGUGGCUGAAGAAGGAAGCGUCGGAGAAGUUUCGGUGCAGGUUGAUAUAUUCACGCAUCCAGGAACUGGGGAGCAGAAAAUCACUGUGAAAGGCAAGAAUUACCAUAAACUAUCUAGUAAAUCCAGUUUAUAA